AUGUCCGUUCCCCACGAAACGAUUCCCGGCACAGAUGUGUACGGCCCAGGCACAUUUGUCGACAAAGAAGUUCUACCGGUACCUGAAGACGCCAAACGAGUCUUUGAGUUCCUCGCCUCGCAAACACCUGGUUUUACCAAAAACAAGGCCGCAUGGGACACAGUUCAUUUCGAAGGACAAGCCAAGCCCAUGAUCCCCGGCCCUAUCAAGUCCGGAGUGACAGCAUCGGCUCUUCAUGGCAUGGCUGGUCUAGUCGCCAACGAGCUGCUCGAGCUUCGUGAUGGAAAGCCCGCCACGGAGAGCAGUGUCACGGUAGAUACUGACCACGCCGGAAUUUGGCUGGGCUCGGUGUUCACCACGUAUAUCAAAGGCAAAGACAUGUCUGAAUGGGCACGAUCGGGAAAGAUGGAGUCCUUGUUUCCCACGGAUUAUGAGCAUGGCGUCUUCCACGGUAUCGCGGGCCGGACCACAGCGAUCUACCAGACAAAAGAUCCCAAAGUUUGGUAUCAGUUGCAUGGCUCAUUAGAUGCCAAGAGAACUCUUGAAUCCAUGGGAAUUGACACGAGUGUGACUUUCGAAAAGCCGAGCCAGUAUUAUGACUAUAUCCAAUGGCAUAUCAUUCAGUGGAGUCCGGACGAGCUGGAGAUGCACAACGUGCGCCAUGGCUUGUGUGGAAGUAUUUGCUACUCGCCAGAAGGGUGGAGAAAGACGGAGAUGGGAAAGAGACUGAACAGCCACCCCUUGGUCAAUGUCGCCGAGCAGACAUAUACCAAAUCGACACCUGCGGUACCUCUUGCUAAGAAUACGUCUGACUGUCGGCCUCUUGCUGGCAUCAAAGUCUUGGAGAUGGUUCGAAUUAUUGCCGGUCCGCAGAUCGGCGUUUCGCUGGCCUCUUACGGAGCCGAUGUCAUUCGUGUGAACUGCAGCAGACUGGUCGACCUGAAUAUGUCUGACUCUGCACCGAUCCAGGUCCUGCAGCUCGUCUUGAAUGCAGGAAAGCGCACUAUUGAUCUUGACAUAACUAAGCCGGAAGAUAUGGCUCGUCUUCACGAGCUUCUUGCCGAUGUCGAUAUCUUUAUCCAGGGAUUCCGAAUGGAAUCUUUGAAAAGAAAGGGCCUCGGCCUACACGACCUUCUGGAAAUGGCUGCCAAGAGAAACAAGGGAAUAAUCUAUGUGGACGAAAACGCUUACGGACCGGAUGGACCUUUCCAUACACGCCCUGGCUGGCAGCAGAUUGGAGAUGCUGCAUCUGGUAGUUCCUAUGUCAUGGGUAGAUCCCAGGGACUUCCAGAAGGAAAGAGUGUGUUGCCACCUCUCCCGGUUUCCGACAUGAUUACUGGCAUUGUUGGCGCGUUGGCAGCCAUGAUGGCUGUACGCGACCGCGCGAUAAAGGGUGGCUCAUACCAUGUGACUAGUUCCCUCGUUGCUGCGGACACUAUUUCGCUACAGCAAGAGAUUGGAUUGUACCCGCUGCAUGUAGUUGAAGACACUGCCAAGCGUCUUGCUUUCCCAGACACUACCCCGGAUCAGUAUGUCUCGGAGGUUCUGGUCUCGGUCGUAAAUGGAUGGAAAAAAGCGCUCCCUGGUUAUUUGGACGAAGAUUCAAAAUUCAUGAUGACCUUUGAAGGGGGAUUCUGGGGACGUCAAUCAAUACUGAAGCCAGUUGCCCGACUUGGCGAUGAGAAAUCAACAGCGAAGUGGACAACGCCUCCUGUGCCACACUGCUAUCAUGAUCGCUCAACGACCUGGCUGUAA